UGUGUUGGGCGAACCAAGAGCUGUUAUUCUGGGAAUUUGUCCUGCAGUGGAGAGAGACACCAGUAAGACCGAAUUCAUUUCCAAGACGAGAUCUGAGUCACACAGAAGUCACAAUUUCAGUCUCCCAUGGGGCAUUUUUAAGGAUUAAAGGAAGAAGGGAUGAGAAAAUGAAAGAGGAGAACACAAAAAGGAGACCAGCAUUACCUGGGGACCUGUUCUCCCACACACACCUGUGCUGAGAAGGGAUUAUUUGACCACACACCUGUGUACCUGUGUGUUUGUCAUCAUGGAGGCGAUGCUCAUGAGUCUAGGAGAGAGUGUGUGUGUGAGGCACAGUGCAUUAUGGGAUGUGACCUCAGCCGCCUUCAGAAGAUUGAGGCAUACUCAUCUCAGAGCUCCUGAUGUCCUGGUCCGUGCCGUCUAUCAGAUGACGGAAGGGCGGAGAUGUCAGGUCCAUCUCCUGGAUGACAGGAAAUUGGAGCUCCUGGUACAGCCAAAGCUAAUGGCGAAGGAUCUUCUAGACCUGGUAGCGUCCCAUUUCAACCUGAAGGAGAAAGAAUAUUUUGGAAUCUCUUACGUAGAUGAGACGGGUCAUUUCAGCUGGUUGCAGUUAGAUCGUCGUGUGCUGGAACAUGAGUUUCCCAAGAAAUCUGGACCCAUUGUGCUUUACUUCUGCGUAAGGUUCUACAUAGAAAGUAUCUCUUACCUUAAGGACAAUGCCACAAUAGAGCUGUUCUUCCUCAAUGCAAAGUCCUGCAUCUAUAAGGAGCUCAUAGAGGUGGACAGCGAGGUGGUGUUUGAACUGGCCUCCUACAUCUUACAGGAAGCUAAAGGAGACUUCACGAGUAAUGAUGCUACUAGAGCUGAUCUGAAGAAACUGCCAGCACUGCCUACACAAGCACUGAAGGAGCACCCUUCACUCGCAUAUUGUGAGGACCGGGUCAUUGAGCACUAUAAGAAGCUAAGCGGACAGUCCAGAGGCCAGGCUAUCGUCAAUUAUAUGAGUAUAGUGGAGUCAUUGCCCACAUAUGGAGUGCAUUAUUACGCUGUUAAGGAUAAGCAGGGUAUCCCAUGGUGGCUGGGUUUGAGUUAUAAAGGCAUUUUUCAGUAUGACUACCAGGACAAAGUCAAACCAAGAAAGGUGUUCCAAUGGAGACAAUUGGAGAAUCUGUACUUCAGGGAGAAGAAGUUCUCAGUGGAAGUUCAUGACCCGAGAAGGGCGUCGGUAACGCGGAGGACAUUUGGUCACAGUGGCAUCGCCGUGCACACCUGGUACGCCUGUCCCACCCUCAUCAAAUCCAUCUGGGCCAUGGCCAUCAGCCAACACCAGUUCUACCUGGACCGCAAACAGAGUAAAAGUAAGAUCCACGCAGCGCGCAGUCUGAAUGAGAUAGCCAUAGACCUGACAGAAACAGGAACCCUCAAGACCUCCAAACUGGCCAACAUGGGCAGCAAAGGCAAAAUCAUCAGUGGGAGCAGCGGGAGCCUACUGUCCUCAGGCUCUCAAGAGUCGGACAGCUCCCAGACCGCUAAGAAGGACAUGUUGGCGGCUUUGAGGGCCAGACAGGAAGCACUGGAGGAGACACUCAGACAGAGAAUAGAGGAACUCAAGAGCAUCUGCAUCAGAGAAGCGGAGCUAACAGGAAAACUUCCAAAAGAGUACCCUCUGGACCCCGGUGAGGAGCCGCCCACCGUCAGACGCAAAAUCGGCACAGCCUUCAAAUUGGAUGAGCAGAAGAUCCUGCCCAAAGGAGAGGAAGAGGAAUUAGAGCGUUUGGAAAGAGAAUUUGCCAUCCAGUCUCAGAUAACGGAGGCAGCACGGCGGUUAGCAUCGGAUCCUCACAUCAACAGCAAGAAGCUGAAGAAACAGAGGAAGACAUCGUAUCUGAAUGCUCUGAAGAAGCUGCAAGACAUCGAGAACGGCAUCAACGAGUACCGCGUUCGCUCCGGGAAGAAACCCACACAACGUGCCUCUCUCAUCAUAGAGGAAGCAAAUAUCGGCUCAGAGGACAGCUCCUUAUCUGACGCACUGGUGCUGGAUGAUGAUGACCCCCAGGUGGCAGGAACCCCCACGUUCUCUCCAGCUGCCUCCCCACACAAAGGUCUCCCUCCCCGACCCCCCUCCCACAGCCGGCCGCCUCCCCCCCAGUCCCUGGAUGGACUGAGACACCUGCACUACCAGCGCAGUGACUACGACAAGUCCCCGAUCAAACCCCGCAUGUGGAGCGAAAGCUCAUUAGACGAACCCUACGAGCGGGUGAAGAAACGAUCCUCGCACUCCAGUAGUCACAGGCGGUUCCCCAGCACAGGCAGCUGUGAGGCAGGAGGGAGCAACUCUCUCCAGAACAGCCCGGUGCGCUCCCUUCCUCACUGGAACAGCCAGUCCAGCAUGCCCUCCACCCCUGACCUGAGAACACGGAGCUACGUCCACUCAGCCAGUCUAACUCAGCCCUUCCGUGGCCGGAGUUCCAGUUUGGAGUCUCAGGGGAAGCUGCUGUCCUUGGAGGCAGACACAGAGGCAGGACUUAGCCCUGACCUCUUUCUGUCAGGACCACAGAGGACAGGAAGCAAUGGCUCUGUUGUCCCCGACGACUGCUCAUCUUGCACCAGCCACUCCAGCUCAGAACAUUAUUAUCCCUCGACCACCUCUAACCCCAACUACUGUACGCUGGCCGAGGACUCGCCAUCCAAAGCCCGUCAGCGGCAGCGACAGCGCCACAAGUCUGCCGGACACCUGGGUGCAUCCAGUUCCGGCAGCAUGCCCAAUCUAGCGGCCCGUAACGGAAGCACACACGGAGGAGUGUGCGGGAGCCACCAGGGUGUGUAUCUCCACAGCCAGAGCCAGCCAUCCUCGCAGUACCGUAUCAAAGAGUACCCGCUGUACACAGAGGGCAGCAGCCCCAAUGCCGUGGUCGUCCGCAGCCUGGAAAAUGACCAGGAGGGGCACUACAGCGUCAAGGCACAGUUCAAGACCUCCAACUCUUACACAGCUGGGGGGCUUUAUAAGGAGGGGUGGGGCUCCGGGGAGGAUGGGGAAGCGGGUGGCGGCAGCGGGAGGUUGACACCCUCCCGCUCACAGAUUGUGAGGACUCCGUCUCUGGGCAGGGAAGGAGGAGGAGGAGGAGGAGGGGGGCGGGCAGCGGUGUCAGAGGAGCUGCGGUGCUGGUACCAGCGCUCAUCUGGAUCGCUAAAGGAGCACAGCCGCGUCACGCACACCAGCUCCAACUCUUCAGACGGCCGUGGAGGACGAAUAGGGACGCUAGUGAAGGGGUCACCAGCUGCAUCUCCACACAGUCAGAGGAGUGGAACUCCCUGUAGUGACCCUGCAGCUACGCCCCCCUGCAGCCCACAACACAUACUCAAUUGGCAGAGCGGUGAUACGACUGAAAGUUCUCCUACUGAAGACCGUUCUCCCUCUCACCAAAGCACUGACCAGUAGAGAGAUCACCGUUUACCGAUAGUUGUUUCCUGAGCAGUCCCCUGUGCUCUGAGAUAGCGGACGUGCAGUGGUACGGGCACGAGAAGGCAAAGCCGGGAACGCUCGUCUAAACCGUCAUCCCUCAUCCCUCUCUCUUUAAAAGAGUGUUCAGAAGGCAGGCCUGACCACAGCCUGGACCUCAACUCAUCCGAACACACCUAUGGCUGGAGCCAGUACCACCUCAACCUCUCUUUCAUCUCUGUCUCUCUGUCUCUCCGGCGGUACAGUGCUUAUGAACUAUGGGAAUACAAGACUCUGAAUGAACUGAGCUUGACCUUGUCUGACCCUCCCCCUCAGACUUUUGAACUCUGACCCAGCUAGCUGGCAGCCGGUUCCUCCGUAUGCACAAACCCUCCGUGUUUAUUCCAUCGCUGGAGUGAUGUGCAUAAGAGAGACGUCUUAUGCGCAUUGUACUAUAAGUGAACCCCACUCAUGCACACACACAUGCUCAAAUAGACAUUCGUCCCCUGCUGUCGUGUGUGUCCCUCUGCACUAAUGUCAGAGAGCCGGCGUCGUUCUCUCUCAUGCACAUGACAUGCACAAAAACAUUCCGAUGGAUUGCUUUGUCGUCAACCAUCUUUGUAGAUCUUUAUGUUCUCAGUUCUGUUAAAAAAAACAAAAAACAAUGUGACCACAAACCCCUCCUUCAUCCUACAGCGCCCCUUCUCAUUUGGACCGCAGUGCACCAUAAGCCUCUGUCUGUGAACUUUGAUAUUUUGUGAAUAACAUUAGAGCAUUUAAAAUGGCAGAAGCCAUUCUUCGGUCAUCCCGGAUUGGAAAACGAGCCCCGAUAUCAUAUCCCUCAAGAUGGUGAUGCCGCAAGCGCCACCAAACUACAUAAUUUCAUGGAAAUUCAAAACAUUGUGGUCUUUGUAUGUAAUGUUGGUUUGUCAUUCUCAAGUUCAUUGGUUCUUGUCCAGAAAGUUCAACCAUUUUUGCAGAACAUUAGCUAACUUUUUUAGAAGCCAUAGCUGUACAACAAAUCUGAAGCAUUAGGUUAGAGGCAUUAGCAUGACCCUCUGCGUUGAACGACCAAUCUGUGAAGUACUGCAACUCAGGUGUACUUUGCUAUUAUGGCAACUUGCCACGAUGGUGCUCUGAGUCUGAACUGUACAUCCCACAAUGCCCUGUUGUAAGCCCACACUGCAUGCAGAACCGUCACAAACCCCCGCGUAUAGUGUUGUGACAUCAGUGAAGUGACGAGACACACAAAAAAACCUUCUCCAAACACUCCUGGCCUUAUCGGUUUUCUGUUUUUAUGUAUCUGUUUUUAAUAUUCAGGAUUUUACUUAACUAUAACACCACUAUGACAUUAUGAUUACGUUCGUAUUUAUAAAACCGUCAGAUGAGCACAACACAACGUGGCACACCGACUCAAUAUUUCAAUGAAAAUGACGUUACCUCUGCCCUGACCUGAGAACAGCAUUCCAGAAUGUGACGCGGUUAAAGCAGGUGCUUACUUUUAAAAGCCACUGGUAAAAAACCAUAAGCUCAAACAAUACAGGGUGUUUCAUGCUUUCAUCAUGCAGUCAUAAAAGAUCCGACACCACGUGUGCCCCUCGCCUCGAUCGUCCGACCGAGGAAAAACAUCAAGCCAUAACGCUAAAGACAUUGUUAAACACUCUGCAAGAUACGAAAAAUAUCGUACGUGCAAAGUACCUUAAGAAACAGGUAGCUAAAAGCACACCCUUUGCCAUUACUACUCAAUAGAUCUUCAGAAAUUCAAUAGUUUGUACGUGCCGUUAACAUAAACAGUCCUUACAAAUGUGUAUUCAAAAGGGUCCAAAACACCAGACGCUAAAUCUAAAAGUCAUCUUAUUCACGCUCAUUCACGGGCCUAAAAGUAGACGUUUUUAUCUGCCCUAAAUUGAUUGAUUGUUCAUUCUUUUCAUGCAUGCUCAGCACACUGUGUAAUGCAUCUUGAUGUUAAAAUUAAAACCCAGUGUGAAAACAGCCCUAAUCGAAAGUAAAACACCUCAUCCACAUCUACAUUUAGAGGUCGUUCAGACCUCGUACCCUCUUAUGCCAAUGUGAGCUCACUCCUUUCGUCUACCUGUACUCGAUAACAAAAACGUAAAUCUUUUUAUAUUAAAAAAAAAACUAACACAUUUAUCAACAUUUAUAGGCAGGACUGUGGAAAUUGGGUUCUUUUAAAAGACAACAUAAAACCAAUCGUUUAAUGAUUUUUAUAAAUCAGUAUUCGUUUUAUUUUCGGGUCUUUAAGCUGGGAAAUAGCAACAACACGUUCAGGUGCUACAGGAAGACCAGUUGCUGCUUUGGUUUCCUAGCUGUAGACUUUUCCUAACUGUUGUCAAUAGUUUUAAUACCAGUUGUGCAAAAUGAAGGACUUUAGUUACUAAACUGUCUUACCACUUCAUCUUGACAAUAGAGCAUGUUUCAUGAGUUCAUUUUCAGAUAUAACCGGACACAAUAAAAUGUUGUUGUAGAAAAAAUAAAGUGGAAUUGUUGGGCAGGUUAAAUAUAACCAAAUUCCACAGUUAAUUUAUUCUUUUUUCUAUUAAGAAUUUGUAUAGUAACAUUUUUCAAAAACCGUGUUGUUGGCAACUGAUACUGAAUUUUCCAGAUGAGAAAUGUGGUGGUUCUUGAGAUUCUGAAAUAAAUUAUUGCUGAAUGUUCGCUAAA